AUGCGUAUACCUCCGCCUAUCCCAGAUAUAUCUGAGUUACAAAGGAGGGCAGGGUAUCAUCAAAACUCCCUUCACUAUUCCAUCGCCACUAACGAUCUUAGUGAACUACAGAACCUCGUCAGCACCUUGACCCCAGAAAACGUCGAUCAAACUGAUGGCAUGUUUGGCGCGCCGCUGCAUCUGGCUAUAUAUCUCGACAACUUGGCGGCAGUUAGUAUCUUACUAAACGCUGGCGCCAACCCUGUCAAAGAACCCCAUUUUGUUGAAGACCAAUUCAUCACCACACCCAUAGGCUUAGCCGCAAGGUUGGAUAAUCGCAUUAUCCUUCGGAAGAUUUGGGAACAUGUCAAUCCUGAUGCCGACACUUUCAAUACGGAAACUUUCGGGUGUCUGCGCGAUGCAGCAGAGUAUGGUCAUAUCGCUACGAUAUCUGAUCUGUUGACAUGGGGACAAGAUGGCUGGUCUUUAGAAUCUAGAGGUCGUGCCUUGGUCGCAGCAGCCAACAACUGGAGAUUUGAGAAUAUCCAAUUUCUUCUAUCUCACUGCUCUGUUGAUCAGGAAUCGCUUAACCUCGCGUUAGCCCAGGUGACAGUCACCAGGCCGUGCUUCCUUCUUCGAGAGCACACAGAAUCUGAACGUGUGGCACAGUCGCAAUCGAUCAAAGUGCUGAUGGACGCUGGAGCUGACCCUAAGAGCCCCGAAGCCAGCCGGAUAGCAAUAUUUGAGCCUCUUGUUAUAUGGACUGCUCUCCAUAAGCAACUCUAUGGCUGUCUGCAAGCAUUGCUCAACAACGGUGCUGACCCCAAUAUGACCAACAGUCAAGGCCAGACUGCAUUGCAUUAUUUAGGGGCAUACAAACGAAAGUUUCCCAAGGUCAGGUAUAUUUUUCUAAAGGAAGAGCCACACGAGGAUGUGUUCCGAUUGCUUCUCCGCUUCUGUCAUCCACCGAGAUGUAUAUGGGAACAGUCCUCUACACUGUGCUGCCUAUGCAUCUCCUCUGGACACCUUUCACCUGCUCCUCUCAAACUUGCCUGA